AUGCAUGCCACCUUCAUCACCUUUCUCAUAGCCCCUCUCGUCGUUUUGGGUGCUUCAUCCGUCACGGUUGGUUUUGGUUCGACUGGUGGGCGAUGCUGCCGUGAUGGUGUUGCGGACCCCUCCAAUACCUGCAAAAACCUAGGUUUGAAUUCUUAUGCAUGCAGCGACCACAGUAGCUCUGCUCCUAAUGAGCCUGGACCCAAGUUUAGCGACAAGCCCAAAGGUGGCUGCGAUCAGCCAGAGAUUCAUAACUUCCCGACAGGACGCGAUGUGAAAACUUUCGUUGUCGGGUCCACUGUAAAUGUCAGACGCAGCAACGGGCAACAUCGAGGUUGGAUUCAUCGGAUGCGCGGCAUGAUAAACUGUAACAAGGCCCAAAGCAGAGCCGGGGACUCUGGAGAGGGGGCAUUGAACGGUGUCAUUAAUUAGAAUUUUUUGCGGAGAUACAUAGGUACCUAAUCAGCAAGAAGGAUCCCACUGCUGCCGUCAGAGAUCAACCUCUGUUUAAUAGUCAGUGUUUCCGGG